AAGUCUGAGUUAAUAUGACACCUCCACUUUCCACUCGCCCAACGCAUGGUGCCUAGUUCAACACAACAACACAACGAAAUGCAGUUGAGUUAAGUUGAUAUCGAUACUUUUACCUGUUUACUUGCCUUUCAAACGGCGUUGAAUUAAUACUUUCGUAAACUAGUACAAGAGCAACUACAACUUUCAGUUUCAGUGAAGGAUGACGGAGUAACGUCCUUCAGCUAUAUUUGUGCUGGUUAUUGUCUGAUUUAACUUGUCCAACGAACACCUCUUGAGAGUCAACAGGGCAGGCAAACAUGGCGGAAGCCUCCACUUCAGCAACGAGGGAAGGACAUCCCAGCGACACAGACAGGGUUGCGCCUACAGGAGAAAAAGAUAUGAAAGGAGAUGAAAUGUACCAACAAAUACAUCUUGUUGAGAUGAUUGUGAGCAGCAAAAGGCAGCUAUUGGAAAAUGUAACUCGUAUCAUCGCUGUCCAAAGGAAGGGUAUCCAGCCAUCUGAUUUGCAGGCCUUCAAAGAAGAGCUCUGCAAAGAACGAGACCAUCUCAACACUCUGAAACUGAAUCUGAACGAGUACAGACUGCAGUUGAUUGGAAAAGAAAAAGAACAAGUUAGUGAGCUUUCCGCAGGGAAACAGGAAUGGGCAUUCAACAGGGAACAGAGACAGUGGCUGUACUUGAGACGGGAACUUCUGUACGAGAAGCAGAAACUCAGGGAUGUAUCCCAAGCUGGUGGACAGGCUUCUACGCAAGAGCUUCCUGGAGAGGAAAAGCACAGUGAACUGGACUACAGCGAUAAACCACUAGCGGCACUCAAACGGCUUAAGGCUGCGGAAGCUGGUUUGGCAGACGAGUUGACAUUCAUCCAAAGGAGCAGUGAGGAAGACUUAUCCCGCGCCGGCAGACCUGCUAUUCUGUUUCACUUUGAACAGCUCGUGUGGCAUCAGAGGAUGUGGGUCUGCAAUCUGGAGGAGGUCCUGCCCGGACAAGAAACGGACGUUGGUUCAGAGAAACAGGGUAGAAUCGUAACCGAGCUGCGCAAGGUUGUCGUUGCACAGAAGGAACUGAUCAAGAUUCUAGAAGAUGCUCUCGAGCAGAGGAAGGUUCCAGGGAGACAGUUUAAGAUGGCAGAGAUACAGAGCGGUACAACUAAGGAGCUAGUGGAGCUUAUCUCUGAGCAGACCCGCUUAGUGGAAGCCAGUGAUCCGGUGCAGGAGUACAGUGGAGAGCUGCAGCGCGUGGACUUGAUGGUGGAAGAGUUUGCCUGCAUCAACGUACGUUGGGAGGUCAUCUUUGAGCACCAGAGGUUGAGGGGCCACCGGAGGCAGCCAUUGCAGAAAGCUGUGGUGGAGUCUGUUGAGAUGCUGAGACAGCAGGUGUAUGCGCUGGGCCUCAACCAUCGAGAGAUCUAUCAACCAUUAGAUAUUCGGUUGGAUCUUGAAGAGGACAUUCUACUCAAGCAGAUGACAUUUUGGGGAGGAGUCAUAGAAAGUUACUGGGCCUGGCUGUCAUGGAAUCUUGAUGCUGUCCCUGAAGCAGGUACCGGUACACGUACACGUGAAUUUGUGGGGCAGGGAGCAUCAUCAAGCUCUGUCCAACCAGCUGUCGGUGUCGAGGGUUUUGGGUCACCAGGCAUCAGCAUAGAGGACGACAGGGUACCAGACCAAGGAGACUCCCAGGUUCUGGGGUUAGGGAUGAUCGAUGGGAGUGCAUUGCCGAUCAUUGGCCAGUUGCAUUCUUCUCAGCCACCUAAAUUCAGCGAUGAUGCUUUUUUGUUAGACGAUUCAAGUAGUGAUUCAACUCCAUCACCUCCAACUAGUCCGGCAUACUUACCAUCGGACAGCAGAGAAUUGCCAAAAGACGAUGCAUCCACCCGGCCGACCCGUCUGCAGCUGAUUCUGCAGGAACAUGACAAGCAGAUUGCAGGGCUCAGCGAUAGUGAGCUACAAGAGAGCAUUUUCCAGUUGCCCUACAUCGCCAUCUCCUACUUCAACGAGAUGGGUGGAAGCCUAUCCCUGAAGGAAUACAAUGUCCACCUGUACAUCCCGCGUGACGCCCUACCCGCGGGAAGCCUUCAAAAGGUGUACAUCUACGUCAACCCCAACGCGCCCCCCAUUGAUGGGUUGGGUGGACAAGACAUUCCCCUAUCCCCAAUGAUCCAGUGCGGUCCGACAGGGCUGCAGUUUCGAGACAGGGUGGUCUUGUCGUUUCCCCACCACGCCAAGGAGGGGACGGGAUGGAAUUUCUCCGCACACAUUUGCAGCAACGACGAGGAUGACUCAAAAACCUGGCAGGCUAUGGAUAGUCAGGACGACGGAAUCUUGGUGUCGACUAAAAAUCAGAAGGCCGUGCUACUGAUGAGUCACUUUUGUGGAGCAGCUUUGACCAGCCAAGAUCAGUCUGUCGCCAAAAUAGUAAAAGUUGGGACAUUUGGAGCUGACUUGGACUUAAGCGAAGACUGGUACCCUGUGCGGAUUCACCUGUGGAAUAAUGAUCCUGUGGCUGAGAAGAAUGUGAUGGACACAGAAUUGAGGCACGACGUCAGUUCCCAGCAACUGGAUGUGCCACGAGACUUGGAAGUUGUCUUCAACCAGGGAGACGUGCAGGUUGAAAUCGGAAACGUCUCAGAAGGCUGGCAAGCUGAAGACGCACAGACAAUUCUAAAGUCAAGGAUUUGGAAGUACUGCACAAACUCAGUGACCUUUGACUUUGAAAGACAGUCGCAUUGUGAGAAAAGUCUGCACUGCAAGGGUUACGUCUGCCAGGUCGGCCCACCAGAAGCUAGCAACGCAAGGACUGAAGACAAAGUCAAAUUGCGCAUCAGACCAAGAAGAACAAAGAAUGUAAAACCAGACGAGAAUGAGAUGAGAGUCCAAGACCAACCCUCUGCUGAUUCCAAGGAAAAUCUGGACGGGGCAAGAGUCAAGAAGGAGCCCGGAAAGAUGUAUGGAGAUUACGGUGGCUUAUCCCCGCAAGCCCUUCAAGACAUAGGCAAACGUCUUGAAGCAGGUGACGGCGCAGACCAGCUCACUGAUGAGAGCUUGACCGGUGCGCGGCUGAUUGCAAUGAUCUCCUUCAUGGAAGUCUUCAAGCUGUUCUUUGCCGACCAACGAGCGAGCCAAGUUUCAGAUAAGGAUGCGGUUAAAAGCCUGAGGCAGACACUGAAGCGCAAAGGAUUUGAGGUUUCUGAGAUGCUUUGGGAGGAAGGGUUGGAGUCAGAUUCAAAUCAUAACAAGAGGGAUUCAAGAAGUCUGUCCGAAGAUGUGGCAAGUUCAGAGAUUGCCGAGCAGCAACGGUUAUGGAAACUUUCUCGACAGUUGGAAGCAGAAUGGGAAGAACUGGCAACGUAUUUGGGAAUAACGAGUGCAGAGUUGUUCAGGAUCAAGUCUGAUCAUGCAGGCAAUGUAGGAAACCAGAUGCACGCGAUGCUGGACCUGUGGUGGCGCAAAGGCAGACCUGAUAGUGAACUUGUCGAAGCACUGCGAGAGGUUGAACGACAUGAUUUGGCAGAGCAGGUGCAGGAGCAUCAGCAACAGCAGCAGGAACAACAACAGCAGCAGCAGCAACAGCAACAGCCGUUGAAUGGUAACACAUUCCAUGAAAUUGAAUAAAGAAAAUGCGAACUACCUUCAGCUCGGAGGUCACAAAGCCAGACCAAUUAGCCAGGGUCGGAUUUUGAAGGAGGGUGAGUGCAGUGACUAGAACUAGUGUUUGGUGAUGCAGAUAAACCACCCGGAUCUGAGGAUGUAUUGCUUCAAGGCUAAGAUAUCCCUUAAACAAAACAAGGAUUUGAUCACCGUUGAGCUCUAUCUUAUUAACCCUAACCCUCCUCAAUCCUCCAAAAUCCUCCUACUGGCUUUGGAU